GAUAGCGGACAAUUUCCGGUUUUUCUCGGUCAUGCCCAGAGUUGGCGAAGCCGGCACUUUUCUCCGUGGCCAGCAAAGUAACUGGAGGGAGGUAUUUUGUUUUGGUGCUCGCUUAAACUGCGACACACAUACGAGUGCUCCUAUUUCCGUACAAACAGUGCUGUUACUGACCUUCUUCUUUGGCAUGCAGUGGCGCCUGGUGGAAAAGUGCAUUGAAACCAGUUCUGAAUCUGGUGCAUCUCUUCUGCAAGCUUCUGAUGUGAAAAUAUGUAGUGCAAAAGAUCCAAAAAUUGAUGAAUGUUUUACCAACUCUGCGAACAAAAUGUUGAAACAUCUUGCCGACGGCAUACCCCGUUUGAAUGCAGUUCAAAUGGAGCCUCUCCAUUUUCCAUUAUUGAGUUUGGAGCGUAACAACUCCAUAUUUCCGUCCUUAGCCUUCAACAUUUCUGACACAGUGCACAGAGGCUGGAAGGACGUAGUUGUGUUGCGUUCGAAGGUCAACCCGAAUGCUCAUGAAUUCUUCUUCGUCCUCUAUGCCCCGCAGUACUUCGUUGGAGGGAAGUACGAAAUCACUGGCAGCAUUAUAGGUAUCCCGAUUGAAGGGACAGGGGAUAUGGACGUGUAUUUCGAGAACUGCACGUUGUCCGUCACAGUGCGCGGUCGUCUUGAAGAUCGCAACGGCAAAGAAUACUAUAUCAUUGACGACGCAUUCCAGCACUCGUAUUACGAAAAGUUUCAAGUAGACUUCAAGAAUCUAUUCAACAAUACUGCGCUAUCGGCCGUCACGAACAAAAUCAUCAAUUACAGUUACCGUCCCGUUCUCGACGCGCUCACCCCAGCGAUAGACCAAGUGUUCGCGGUGAUUUACGGGCCGCUGGCGCAGAGGAUCUUCGACCGGGUGCCCUACAGGCAGCUGUUCACCGACUUGGACUAGGGCCUCAGGAAGGACGCGGCACCGCCACAAAGAACGGGCCUCGAUGGCUCGGAACAAAUGCUGGCGUCUCAGCAGCGUUGCCGAUCGGGAGAUCCGUUUGAGCUUCGGCGUUGGCAAAAUUCAAUGACGAGAAGACAGAAGAUCUGUGGAGAAGAAUUCUAUUUUUUGUGGUCGGAGCAGUUCCUUAACUACGUGCGACCUGUCCUUCCUCGGCUUUCUCCCCUGCUCUUCCCUCACGCACACACGAACACACGUUCUUACAUUGCACUCCAACAUAUGUCAGUAUAUCACUUGAAAGCUUACUGCCGGAAUAAUAUUUCUGCCUACAUGACAGCUAGCGGCUGGCAUGGGAAAGGGGGGUUCCGUUAUCCAAUCAGAGGCUUCAAAUUCGGAUGACGUCACCCCAGAGUCACCGGUACAUAUUAAUACAAAAAUGAAAUCUUACAACGCAAUGAAACGGAAAAUUGAAAAGCGCUUUUGCUUCUUUUGAUAUGUAUCGCGUGUCUUCUACUGCUGUGUGCUCUUAUUGCGACUUGUUUCUUGCUACUGCUGGUACUGUUGUGAUCGGAUGCAAAACGAGCACACGACCGUCUGUCUGUCUGCCGUCAGAGUAAGUGGCAGCAUCGCUCUACCCAUGCGAGGUUGCCAAGUAGAAAUGCUAUUCAGGCAAUAGAGCUUGUUCUGUGCAGGGGCUGUGCCCCGCUGGAGGAGGUACCUAGAUGGGGUAACCCAACCAAAACAAUCGGCGCCGGAUCUCAUAUUCUAGCGGGGCAGUAACAGCACCUUUUCCGAGAUCUAAUUUGCACUACACUUGCGGAACUAAUGAUCAAUUCUGUUGGCGAACCCGGAAAUAAAAACGUUUAGUUACUUAAAAGCCAAGAAACA